GUAUAUCCCGCCUUACAGUGCGGGACAGGGGGAGAUCAUUAUCUGCGAGUGAGCCCAGUUUGUAAACAGUAGACAAACAGUGUAUUUGUGGUGGGGCACUGAUACCCUAGUAUACAGAUAAAUACAGUGUACAGUAGUGUUUACAAUAUACAUGUACAUCAACAUAUAAAAUCUUGAUUACAACAAUAAUAAUAAACAAAGUGUGAAUAAUUGUACUUUUCCAACCCGUGAAUUUAUGUCUUUUUAACAGUGUGUUAGAUUAAAAUUUUCGGAGAAGAUAUCACGUUGAUAGAAUGAGUUCUGAAGAUGGAGGCAGUGAUACAGACAGCCUUAUUCGCCUUCAGAGUCCGCCUGGCGAAAGAGCGGAUGUUACACGCCCCCCGGGCACACCCCCACACUAUGCCACGCCUAGUCCUGAUAAGAAGAUGUGGGGCGGGCCUAUGAUGCCGACACCCCUCCUCGCACUUCCAACACUAAAUUUUUCAGUAACUCAGGUUGCUACAGUGUGUGAAACUUUGGAGGAGAGUGGUGAUAUUGAGAGAUUAGGAAGGUUUCUUUGGAGUCUUCCUGUAGCACAUCCUAACGUUGAGGAAUUAAACCAAAGUGAAAGUGUACUUCGGGCUAGAGCAAUAGUAGCAUUUCAUCUUGGAAACUUUAGGGAAAUGUAUGAUAUAUUAGAAAAUAAUAAAUUUUCGAACAAGGAGAACAGUCAUGCUAAACUACAAACUCUUUGGUUAGAAGCACAUUAUCAGGAGGCAGAAAAAUUACGAGGGCGACCCCUGGGACCAGUAGACAAAUACAGGUACAAGUACAGUACAGUACAGUACAGUACAGUACAGUACAGUACAGUACCGUACAGUACAAGAACACGCAGUUUGCUUCGGGAAUGGUAUUUACAAGAUCCGUAUCCAAACCCGAGUAAGAAGCGAGAACUGGCCCAGGCAACAGGGUUAACACCGACUCAGGUUGGAAACUGGUUUAAAAACCGACGUCAAAGGGAUCGGGCUGCGGCCGCCAAAAAUAGGUAACUUAUAUUUUUAUCUUUUUGGUUUCAUUUCUUAUAUAUCUACGAGAUAAUGUACGUUU